CGUGAUGACGAAGGCAAUCAUAGCAACCAGCAUGGCGACGGAGAAGCUUUGCUUCGCCGCUCAUCUGCUUACAAACUAGCAUUAGGCUGUAACAUUUACCUUACUUUAUUGUCUUUCAGCGUUAAAAUGUUUGCAAUUAAGUACACUGUAGUUUCUGGAUGUAUCCAAGAUCUGCUGUCGCUACCCAAGAACAUUUCUGAGGAAAAUGGGAUACGCUGAGUGUAACAUUACCAUGGAAUCGAGAAUAGGGAGUGUAUCAUCUGGAGGGAGCUGCAGCCCUGGUGUGAGAGGACAGACUUCAAAAAGUAGCCCUUUCUGCACUCGCUCCUCCAGCAAGUUAACACAGUCCAUCGUUAAAGACCACAUGGUGUCUCAUUACAAAAAGGUUUACUCAGCUAAAGCUACCAUUGAUGCCUCAGUACCCAAAAGCUUGAUACACAGUGUAAAGUACAAUGACCAGAUCAGACAGGAGCGGUUGAGGAAAGGGGGUCGUCCUCAGUCAGCCCACUCUCUCUCACAGAGGAAUAGCAGAGCCUCCUGCUCCUCAGCCCAGAGUAGAUUAUCUGUGCAGUAUGAUGACAGUCCCUACCUCUGCUCAAGGAGUUCCACGGUCUCCAGCCCAAGGUUCAGCUCCUCCUUCCAUGCCAAGGACAUAGUUUAUCCAUCGUAUAAAGUCGGUUCUCACAACCAUUCUCAUCACAUUCGCCCGGCAUCAGAAAUAAAAUACCGUAGCUCGGAGGCAACUUCCCACAGACUGCAGUCAGCGUGUUCAGUGGGAGCUUUGGGGGAUCAGAGUUGCUACAAUACUUUCCAGGACCCUGUUCAGAAGACGUACAGCGGAGACCUGCUCCAAAAACAUUCACAGCACUUUACCCAAGACAAACCUUUCACCCCUAAGACCCUGAAAUCAGAAAAGAGUUCAUACCUGUCACAAUAUCGCUACUACAGAGCACCACGGAGGAAACUUACUCAGGAUAGCACCAACUCAAGGUUGAUGCGACAGGAGACAUAUCAUGGAAGCACAAAAACCAAGGAACACACACAGGAAUUUUAUGAGCCAUCUCAGGGAUUUAAUACAGAGCAUGAGUGGUCUGAAGAAGAGUUUAAUGGCACAUAUUUCUCAGCAUCGAGACAACAGAGUCGAGCGAACAAGAGCAGAGACCAUGAUUUCUUUCACUCCUCAUCCAGGGGCUCACCAGAAGGAGGGAAAUCUCCCAUUAUGAAGAAUGUAUCUGCAGAGGAAGAAGAAUUAAUGUACCUUGAAUUCAUUUCUGCUGUAACAGAGGAUAUAUUGUCCAGGGGGCACAUCUCUGACAGGUUCCUCGACCGGGUGAUAAAGCGUCACAUCGACAUGAAUCGGCAUCAGCUUGACGUGGGUAAAAUGCGCCACCUUCUGAAAGUGCUGCGUAAAGAUUUUGAAGAGCCAACCAACACAUUCACCUCCAAUACAGAGCUCGGAAAAAAGGAGAAUGGUCUGCUUCAUUCAUUCCUACCGCAUCUGGAAUCAGGAGGGAAACAAGUAAAGACCAAAAAGGACGAUGACCUGUUCUCUUAUGCGUCACAAAUCAAAUACUGCGAUUCGCCAGAUUAUGCUGAUCCCCUAUUGGCGUCUACACCCUUAAGCUCACCUGAAACGACUGCUGCCUCAACAACUAAAACUAACGAAAAAGACGGAGAAGAUGACAAUCAGGAAAAGGGCAUCAGCUCUCCUGGUCUCAGUGAGCAGGUUUCUGAUAAUACAGGAAUCGGUGAAGGGGACCAACAAAAUCUAAUAGCCACAACUGAGACAAACAAAGAAGUCUACAAUGAAAACCAUGAAUACACGUCUAUAACGAGUGACAAAGGAUUUCAUCAAGACCCAGAUGAAGUCAGUUAUGAUGGACAAUCUAAAGAGCUUGAGGAUCUGGGGAGAAGUUUGUCAGAGUCGCUUCAUGUAUCCAGCAAUACACAAUACAGCAAUGUGGAGACUGCCACUGGGCAACAUACAAAUACUGCUGCUUCUGUCAGUGAUGAUGAGUUCUGAGUUUUGCUGAAUUUAGGGAUUGAAGGUCAUUUAAUGCUUUAUUACUAAGUGAGUGUUUUACAAAGUAGUUCUACUCUGCUUUUUUUGUUUACAUUUUUGUUUUCUUUUCAGAAAAGCAGAGACUUGAUGUCUCAUUUGGGAUAUUGUAAAGUGGCCACAUACUGGCCGUAGUGGUUGAGCUCUAAUUGACCUCCAGAGUAAUGCUUUAAACAUUUCCUACAUUAUCACGCUAUGGUAACUAGUAUGAUUAGCACAUUUGCAAAUGAUAGUCCAUAGCACUGCUGUCAAAUGUGUGAAAUAAGUGGUAUAAUUUAGUUUAAGUGUAAUGCAGAGAGUCUACCCAGUUAGUCUUAAUAUCGCUGAAGUUUACAUUUUCAGAUUUGAAAAAAAACAAAACACUUUAUGUUGUAAAGAAACGUAUACAUUUUCCAGUGUGUUUGACUUGACAUAUGCCUCUGAGAUGUAGCUACUAGGAGUUGAUUGUCACCAGAAAGUGUCUUUACAAUUGCAAUAAAUUUUCUAUUAUUCUGA